AGUUUGUACGUGAAUGACGCUCUGACGCCAGCAGAGGCUGUGACCGUGACGGUUGCCCCUGCUGGUGUUCGCUGCCGGGGUUCUGUGUCUGGGCUGUUGGAGAGGGCAGAGUAACAAUGUUACGCCGAGCGAUGGUGCUGAGCCGGGGGUGGCGGCUGCCCCGUGUCUCCCCAGCCCCCCGCUGCCUACACACUGUGUACCAGAGCGCCGAGCUGCCGGACACCCACCGCAUGCUACGGGACACCUGCCGGGAGUUCGCCGAGCGAGAGCUACAACCCCUGGCUGCGCAGCUGGACCGGGAGCACCGAUACCCGCGGGAGCAGGUGCAGCAGAUGGGGCAGAUGGGCCUGUUGGCGGUGGAGGUACCGGAGGAGCUGGGUGGUGCUGGCCUCGAUUACUUGGCUUAUUCUAUUGCAAUGGAAGAAAUAAGUCGUGGAUGUGCGUCCACUGGGGUUAUCAUGAGUGUCAACAAUUCUCUUUAUUUAGGGCCUAUCCUAAAAUAUGCCUCCGAAGAGCAGAAAAAGAAGUGGAUUACUCCAUUUUGUAGUGGGGACAAGAUUGGCUGCUUUGCACUAAGUGAACCAGGUAAUGGCAGCGAUGCUGGGGCAGCGAGUACGGUGGCCAAGCUUGAUGGUGAAAAGUGGGUCCUGAAUGGAACAAAAUCCUGGAUUACAAAUGCAUGGGAAGCUUCUGCAGCAGUCGUGUUUGCUACCACAGACAAGUCCUUAAAACAUAAAGGUAUUAGUGCUUUUUUGAUUGAGAUGCCGUGCCCGGGUCUCUCACUUGGAAAGAAAGAGGACAAGUUGGGAAUCCGAGCUUCCUCCACAGCAAAUCUGAUUUUUGAAGACUGCAGGAUACCACGUGAGAAUCUUUUGGGACAACCUGGAAUGGGCUUCAAAAUUGCCAUGCAAACUUUAGAUUCUGGAAGGAUUGGAAUUGCAUCUCAGGCACUUGGCAUUGCUCAGGCUGCUCUGGACUGUGCUGUGGACUAUGCACAGAAGAGAGUGGCCUUUGGUGCAUCAAUCACCAAAUUGCAAGCUAUCCAGUUUAAGUUGGCAGACAUGGCACUAGCACUGGAGAGUGCCAGACUUCUGACAUGGAGAGCGUCAAUAUUAAAGGAUAACAAGAAACCUUAUACUAAGGAAGCUGCAAUGGCAAAACUCGCAGCAUCUGAGGCUGCUACACGGAUUGCUCAUCAGGCCAUACAGAUUCUUGGUGGUAUGGGAUAUGUGACGGAGAUGCCUGCUGAACGCCAUUAUAGGGAUGCAAGGAUUACAGAAAUCUAUGAAGGCACCAGUGAAAUCCAGCGACUGGUAAUAGCAAACCAGGUGCUUAAAGACUAUCAAUGAUAUCAAUAUUGGAUCACAGCAUUACUCACCAUAAGCCUUACAUUUGAGGCAACAACCAAUGACUUUUUCUUAAUUUUGUACAUUUGAAUGUAUAAGAAAACCAUCUCUGCACGUCCUAUGCUGAAUGAGCAAAACUAAACACCUUGAAGGCCUUUAAACGUAUUAAGUUACUAGAGAACACUGAUCAGGUCACCGUAACAAAUCAGAACAGUAAAAUGUAAUCUUUUUAGAUAACUUAUUUUUUAGCAGGUGUGUGAUAAGACAAAGGUGUGUUACAAGACAACACAUUCUAAUAAGAGGUGUUGUACACAUACUGUACCUUUCUAGUGCUGCUGCCUCUGUAUUUAUUCCUUCCUGUAGGUGGCAUUGUUCUUUCUCAGAAACACUUGCACACGCCAUACUGUACCUUUCAGUGCAGGGCUUCCGGUUUUGCAAAAUCUGAAUUGUUUCUGCAAGAAAUCCUACCUGAAUACCACUUGGAGUACUGCAAGUUUACUUCGUACAAUAAAAAAAAAAUACAAUUCCAA